AAUUAUGUGAAGUUUGUUGGGAUAUUUGGAUCGAGCACUGAAAUGUAUUUGUAGUUUUACAGUUCGAGUAAAAUACCGUGCAUUCAGGGACAGAUGUUUUUGAAGUGCUUUGGAGCUUCCUUCGAUAUUUGAGAUACGGUGGAGGAGCUUCCUUCGAUAUCUGAGAUACAACGGGAAGUUAUACCUUCAGAGAAAGUAUCGAAGCGUUCUUCGCGACGUGUUCACAAAGUGCGAAUGAAGGACGUGAAAAUUGAAGAUUGUGAGGCUGAAGCAGUAUAUCCUUUGAUAUCUGCUGAAUCAAAUCCACUCUUUGCUUUAAUGUGGACCCAAAAUCUUGCAGCCUUGGCUGCUGGAACAGGCACGAAUGCUUCGACUAAUUCAUUUAUGCAGCCGUUGUUGAAUUCAACGUCAGGAACAUUACAACAACUCAAUCCGUUCUUGCAAACACUUGCCGUUCAGUCUGGAAUUGGUUUCGCUUCACCAAAAACAAAUGCGGCCGUAACAUUUCCCUCCAAUAAAGAGGUUGAAGGCACGGAUAAAGUACUCGGUCGCAAUCCGACUUCAAGUGGAAUUGGAAAUGAGCAGGACGCGAAAAGGAUACGUCUCUCUUCCCAUUCAUUGAAACCCUCCACAUCUCAACAUAUCAGCACCGUUUCAUCAGCUGUUGUGAGUGGUGUAUCUGGUAGUAGUGAUAUUACAACAGAUUCAUUCUAUGGAGGUAUCUCGAGUUCGUCGAGUACCACAUUUGGGUCAUCCUGUGGUGCUUUUGAUUCAUUUAGUGGUAUCGGCACAGGAAUCACACCACAGCAAAAUGUCAGUUACGCUGGUGCUAUGAAUUUACCACAGCAAUUACCUUUUUUAAAUAUUAUUGGUGAGCAACAGCCACUUACCAGAGAAGUAAUGCAAGAUUAUCUGGGUAAUCGUCAAAAGUAUGAUUGUGUUGUUAGUAUAUUUCAUGCAAAAGUGGCGCAAAAGUCUUAUGGAAAUGAGAAAAGAUUUUUCUGUCCUCCACCGUGCAUUUAUCUUUUUGGAGAUGGAUGGAAACACAAAAAGAAAAUGGCGGAAGAUUUGUACCGACGAUAUCGUGAAUAUCAGAAGCGAAAUGAUGUUCAGGAAGCGGAUUCAGAUGUAGGGCAUAUUGGUGAAGCUCGGUCCACUGAAUUGUGCGCAUUCAUCGGAAUCGGAGCUCCAUCGGAGCAGGAAAAACAAACUCUUGACUUCUCUAGUAACAAGGAUUAUUGUGCCGCGAAGACUUUAUAUAUUUCGGAUGCCGACAAACGCAAAUAUUUUGAACUUUCGGUGCAGUUCUUUUACGGGUCCGGACAUGAAAUUGGGGUUUUUUCUUCUCAACGAAUUAAAGUUAUUAGUAAACCAAGCAAAAAGAAACAAAGCAUGAAGAAUACGGACUGUAAAUAUCUUUGCAUCGCAUCCGGCACCAAAGUUGCCUUAUUCAAUAGGCUUAGGUCGCAAACAGUCAGUACGCGUUAUUUGCAUGUUGAAGGAGGAGGGUUUCACGCGAGUUCGACAAAAUGGGGCGCUUUUACAAUCCAUCUGAUCGAGGAUGAUCCCAGCGCAGGUGAAUCGGAGGAUUUCAGUGUUAAAGAUGGCUUCAUUUACUAUGGUGCUUUAGUCAAACUCGUUGACAGCGUUUCAGGAAUUGCUUUGCCUCGUUUGAGAAUUCGUAAAGUAGACAAACAGCAUGUUGUACUGGAUGCAUCAGCAAGCGAAGAACCUGUUAGUCAGCUGCACAAAUGUGCAUUUCAAAUGGUUGAUUCUGAUACGGUUUACCUUUGUCUUUCGCAUGAUAAAAUUAUCCAGCAUCAGGCUGUACCCGUCGAUUCAAAUCGACACCAGAUUAGUGAUGGAGCGUCCUGGACUAUUAUUUCUACCGACAAGGCUGAAUAUCGAUUUUAUGAAGCCAUGGGACCAGUACGUCAACCAAUAACUCCAGUACCUGUUGUCAGUGGUAUGGAGCUAUACGGCGAUGGUGAUCUUGCACGUGUUGAUCUCAUUGGUUCAAACUUUAGGACGAAUCUCAAAAUUUGGUUCGGUACUAUACCAGUGGAUACCAUUUUUAGAUCAGAAGAAAUGAUGGGUUGUUUGGUACCUCCAUUAUCGGCGGUUUGUCCGAAUUGGGCACCGUAUUGCGGUGAACCUGCUGCAGUACCCUUAUCAUUGGUUCGUGAUGAUGGUGUCAUUUAUUCCACAAAUAUGACAUUCAGUUACAAAAGCGAGACGGCUGCACGGUCGAUGGUAAAUCGCCGAUAUUUAGAAAAUAUGACAUCAUAA